CUGAUUGGAAAUUCUUUGUCACGAAAGUGUGUUGGUUUUGGAGACGUGAGGUUGCAGGUUUAGGAAAUUUUCUUUUAUAGGUGAAAAAUGCCAGCCGGAGCUCCGUUAUUUGGUAACAUACAGUCACGCUCACAGAGCAAAAAUCUUGUGGAAUGUAAAGCAGGAAAAAUGACAUUGAAAGGAAAAAUGGUACACCCCGACAAGAGGAAAGGACUUCUAUACGUUUAUCAGUCAGAUGAUUCGUUGAUGCAUUUUUGCUGGAAGGAUCGACAGAGUGGUACUGUAGAGGAUGAUUUAAUUAUUUUCCCUGAUGACUGUGAAUUUAAACGCGUAACUCAAUGCACAACGGGUCGUGUUUAUGUACUAAAAUUCAAAUCUUCCAACCGAAAAUUCUUCUUUUGGAUUCAGGAACCAAAGACUGAUAAAGAUGAAGAAAACUGCCGUCGUAUUAAUGAAGUUCUGAACAAUCCACCAACUCCUGGUUCUCAGAGAAGUGGGGGAGGCACACCAGAUGGAGACUUGCAAAGUUUGCUGAACAACAUGUCUCAACAGCAGCUAAUGCAGCUCUUCGGUGGAGUUGGACAAAUAGGUGGACUGUCAAGUUUGUUGGGCACCAUGGGUAGACGUGGACCGUCAUCUGGUACCCAGGGUAGCUCUCGCUCAGGUACAACUACCUCCACUACUAGUUCAGCUAGUGCCACAACUGGGAGUACAACCACUACAAGCAGUUCUGCUCCUGCUGUUACUACAACUACAGCAGCCCAACCUGCAGUCUCAACAGCAGGAAAGGAAACCUCGGAGAAACCUGCUACAGCAGUUAAUCCUCCAGCAAUUCAGCUCAGUGAUCUUCAGAACUUCUUAUCUGGUCUCAAUGUCCCUACUCCUGAAACUACUACUCAGAGAACAGUGGAUCUGGCAUCGACAAUCACAUCUGAAAACCUGCAGACGUUGUUGAGAAAUACAGAAUUGGUGACAGAAUUACUGCAGCAUGUGCCAUCAGUUGAAGAGUCUUCAUCUACUGUGCCUCCAUCUGAACAACUUCGUUCAACCCUUGCAUCACCUCAGUUCCAGCAGGCUCUUAGUAUGUUCAGUGCAGCAUUACAGUCAGGACAACUUGGGCCUGUUGUGCAGCAAUUUGAAGUAGGCCCGGAGGCAGUAGAUGCUGCUAAUCAGGGUAAUAUGGAAGAGUUCGUGAAAGCACUACAGAAGGCGUCUAUAAGCAAAGAUGAGUCAUCAGCUCAAGGCACGAGCCGUGCACCCAAGGAAGAGGAAAAGAAACAGCCAGGAGGUGAUGAGAAACGAAAGAAAACUGAUGGUGGUUCUGGUGGUAGUGAUAAAAAGGACGAUGACGAUGAGGAGUGGAUGACUACCGAUUAGCAGCAGAAUUUUAGAGGUUUAUUUAAGAAGUUCAUAUGUCUAAUUUUGAUAAUGUUGGAAUAAUGUGAUAAGUAUCUGUUGGUUCUGAUUGGAGCAUUAUUGCCAAAAACUUGUUACAAGAGGCCCGUGAAAAUGGUUUGUCAUGGAAAUACAGUGUUAAGACAUUCUCUGAGGUAGUGAGGUGUGUAGAAUGGAAAGACCUAGCACAGGCAAAUUCACAGGCUUGAUUUUAAUCAUGAGAGGUUUGCAGUACUUAUGCAGUUAAAGAAUAGCUUAUGUAGUUAAAGAUCAACACUGAAGGAACUGUUGAAAUUUUCAUGAGUGUGACCUAAGCAUCUCAUUAUCAGCACAAGUAAGUCAGUCUGUAAUGAAAAUGAAGAGAAAUUGGAAAAGUUGAGUGGAGCAUGUCGAAGCGCUCAUUUCCUUUUUCAAGUUGUGAGUUUGUCUGUGCACCGAUAAAUUGCCUUUCACAAAUACUUUAGUGUUUCUUCACUUAUAAUAGAUUUGUUAAAUCUAUACUGAGACUAUAAAAUAGAUAAUCAAAAUUCAAAUUAUAAAUUAGAUAAUUAGGUAAAUGCAUUUCUUCGUCACAAGGAGGAAUCGUUGAGCAGAAUGAGUGGACGAACACGUACAAUAGCUCACAUUUUAUUAUAAAAAUGCCUUUUGCUGCAAAUGAGGACAACAUACUUUUCAUCUCAGCUGUUGAGCUCUUAAUACUUAGUGAGGUAGUGCAUAACGUAUUAGUAUGUUUCACAUUUGCAGUGACAACAUGUAGUGAAAUUAUGAAGUGAACCACUUUAAAACUAUAGCAACAAAUCAUUUUGAUGAACAAGAAAAUCAUUUUUGGUGGUUUCAAGAAGUGUUAAAUCUACCAUUAGUAAAGACUAACCACAUUAUUUAUGAUCACAGUGUGCUCAGCCUUAAAAAAUGUACCUUGUUAUGCGAGUGUUCCUAUUUAUAGUUCACACUGCUAAGCUCAUUUAUGGUCUCAGCUGCAUCAAGAAAAGGCUUAUUUUUUUACCUUCUGGAAAUACAUAUAAUUUUUUGUUAAUGAAGCACUUUGAAAUAUGCCCUUGUUGCAGAUGAACAUUUUGUGAAGCUAAUAACUUUUCGUGUGUAUUUGUGCCAGUGUUUACACAUUCAUGGAAUUUCCUGCUACUACUAAAUGCUGACUGAUUUUUUUCAAUAAUCAGUUUUAGUAGGUUUAGUGUGAUUUAUAUUAAAUACAAACAGUUGAUUGUAUAAUACAUUGUGUUGCAAUAUA